CCGCCCGGCCCCGCCGUUCCGCCGCGCGGCCCCGCCGCGGGGGGGCCCGGGGCGCCCCCAGGACCCCGCUGGGCCGCGGCCCGCGCCGGGCUGGGACGGAGCGGCCUCCCCCGGGGCGGCCUCCCCCGGCCGGUCCCCGCUGCCCGCCCCCGCGGCCCUAGCGGGGCUGGAGGCCGGAGGAAGGGGAAGUGCUGGGGCCCGGCGGCUGCGGAGGGCGCUGGGCAGCCGCCCCAUGGAAGGGGAAGCAGCGGCCGCUCGGCUCCGGCGGGCCCCCGCCGUCGGCGGGGACACCGGGGGGCUCCCGGGAGCGGCAGGAGGCGGCGCGGAGGGAAAAGCGUCUCCCGAGGAGCUGCCCGGCACCGGGGGCACCGGGGACACGGGGGGCACCGGGGACGGCGGCGCCCCCCCGGGGGGCUCGGGCCGCGCCGAGGGUGGAGCAGUUGCCCUCCCGAAGCCCACGGCCGCCUCGACAGACGGGCAGAGGAGCAGCGCGGCCGCGGCCCUCGACAGCUUCCCCCUGCGGCACUCGAACACGCUGACGAACCGGCAGCGGGGCAACGAGGUCUCGGCCCUUCCUGCCACGCUGGACACGCUGUCCAUUCACCAGUUGGCUGCCCAAGGUGAGCUCAGCCAGCUGAAGGAGCAUCUUCGGAAAGGCGAGAACUUCGUAAAUAAACCUGACGAGAGAGGCUUCACCCCGCUGAUCUGGGCUGCUGCCUUCGGAGAGAUCGAAACGGUCCGUCACCUGCUGGAAUGGGGCGCUGACCCCCACGCGCUGGCGAAGGAGCGGGAGAGCGCCCUGUCCCUGGCCAGCAUGGGCGGCUACACGGACAUCGUCAUCAUGCUGCUGGAGAGGAACGUGGACAUCAACAUCUACGACUGGAACGGCGGCACCCCUCUGCUCUACGCCGUGCGCGGCAACCACGUGAAGUGUGUCGAGGCCCUCCUAGCUCGUGGCGCCGACCUGACAACGGAGGCAGAUUCUGGCUACACCCCCAUGGAUCUGGCUGUGGCCCUGGGACACAAGAAAGAGAAGCUGAGCCAGAGAAAUCAGUGUGGGUCCUGCUCCCCCUCCCAAACCAGAGGUGUGCUGCAGAGGGGGCUGGGGCAGGGGAGCUGGCGACAGGCCCCUGGAGAAAGCAGUUUCCCUACCUUCCACUGGAAAACAGGAGCAAAAUGUCCAACAGGUUAUUGAAAAUCACAUCCUCAAGCUAUUUCAGAACAAGGAGCUGGAGUGACGCGGUUUGCGCUGCAUCGCUGCGACGCCAGCGCUUCUCUUGGCCGAUGCGAAGGCUCUCCUCUACGAGGACAGCGGCCUGACCCAGCGGUCCCAAAAUGGGCAGAGGAGUGAUGCUUCUAGCAAGGAGCAUGUGGAGGAGGCAGGGAACCGCCUGCCCUGGGCGGAUUGACGCCUCUCCCGGAGGGCGGCACGGCCGCAGCGCCUCGCACCCGGAGGCACGAGUUCCUUGGGGCAGCUGCAUUUCUGCUCUGUCCAGGCUCCGUUGCUUUGUGCGCGCAGGUAUUCAGGUAUUGCAUUUUUGGAAGUAAACUCUGAAGCAGCUGUGUGAAA